GCUUCUUUUCAUGUUUACGGAAGGAGAAGCAAAAAUGGCUCGUGUUGGGCAGUUGCUUGCUAUAUUUUUUUUAAUUUGCACCUCUUUUGCAUCCUGCUCAUCAGAGUCAUGCAAUAAUACACUCGAACGAGGGCGAGCUUUGUUUGAGAAGGCUGUUGUGAAUGAAUUCCUUGAACGUAUAUUUGACUGUUCACUUACCAAGUAUGUUAAGAACAAUUAUAAAGAAUUAUACGGUGCACUUCAGGUUCGGGGAGUAAAAGCAGGCACCAAGGCCAAUGAAUUGCUUUACAAACUUUAUGGCGACGCUGAUUCAAGUUGCUCUCAGUACUGCGAGGUAUAUCAAUCCGAUAUAUAUGGAAGACGUGCCGCGUAUUUCACGUAUCGCAAUAACCUGCCAUAUAAUCAGAUCUGUAAUCAAAGUACACCAAGACAUUGCUCGGUUGCACCCAUGGUUCUCAUAAAUCAAGUCAACCCCACAUGCUUACCGGAUUCUUGCGCAACCGGUCAGCGCCCGGUGACCGUGGACAACCCUGUACCGAAUGGAACUGGUGGAAGUGAACCCAAUUCAUCAGCAAGCCGUUCCUUUUCUACGUUGUUUGUGGUGAAGCAGUUGCUGUUUCCUGUAGUUGUGCUUAUUAGCUUCUUACAUGUCUAUUAGGAGUUAGGACAGGUGGUUUAUAUGUGUAAGCUAGCUAGCUAGAUCCAUCUCAUCUUCGUCUUUUAAUUUGAUGUACUACAUAUAUUUACAUACCCCCACCCCCUUAAUUUACUUGAACAUACCUAC